AGCGGCAGCGAGACGAGACGAGGAAAGAAGAGAGAGAGGAAGAGACAACAGUCAACAACGUUCGCGUUCGCAGCCCGCUGGCCCGCUCCGCUGUGCUGUUGCUGUGGGUGCGCUUUGUGUGAGGCAGUCCGAUUCAAGAUAGUGUGCCGGCCAGUUGCAGUCGAAAAGCUCCUCGCAGUGCUUCGCCAGCCGCAGACCCGCGCCCGUCUCUGCUCCGUCCCGACGUCCCGGACCCCACGGACGGCUACAGCCAUGGCCCCCAACGAGCCUGUUGAGAUUCGGGCCCAGGAGACGGCAAAGGGUGGCGUCAAGUAUGAGGCGAUUUUGGCUGAACCUGCAGUUCAGACCCCUCCUAGACGCAACACCUCUCCAACUCGUGCUGCCAAGUCUGCGAAGCCUCUGGAGGAGAAACUGAAGGCUGCUGAGGAGCGCAGAUUGUCAUUUGAGGCCAGCAAGGUGGCUCAGCUGGCAGCUCAGAUGGAGAAGAUUGAGAUGGUUGCCAAGAAGCGUGAGGAGGAAGCAAAGAAGGCGAAGGAGUCCUUGGAGCAGCGUAUGGAGAGUGCGAUUGAGAAGCGUGAGGCCCACAUCAACUCUGUCAAGGAGAAGGUCAAGGAUGUUGCUCAGGUGGAGAAAAUCGAAAUCAUUGCCAAGAAGCAUGAGGAAGAAGUGAAGAAGCGGAAGGAAUCUCUUGACCAGAGGAUAAAGAGCCACAUUGAAAACCGUGAAGCCCACAUUAACUCUGUCAAGGAGAAGGUCAAAGAUCAGCUGAAAAAGGGUGAGGAGACUCGUCAGAACCUGGACAAGCAGGCGGAGGAGAUCAACCAGGCUCUCCAGGAGAGUUUGAAGAAGGCAUCUGAGCAGCGCGACGAGAACAUCAAGAAAAUGCUUGAGCGCCUUCAAGAGCGGGAUCGCCGAGCUGAAGUGGUCAGGCAGAACAAGGAACGUAUGUCUCUGACCACAAAUGAUCAGCAGGAGACUGCAUCUUCUGGAUAAUUUGUUUGCCUCUGUGAACAAAUGCCUGUAAAUUGAGGAAUUGUGAUUUUGAUGCAAAUAUGCUAUUUACCGUACUAAUCAAAGGUGUUAUUUCUAUUUGCAUAAGCCUUUGUGCUUUUUUUCUUUUAACCCAGAUGUGUAUGAGCUUGCUCUAAUUUUAUUUUGUUACUGCACAUUGUAAGAUCUCAUAAGUCUUAAUUUUUGAACUGAAGUAAUUUUGGGGUUGUACCCAGAACUAAUUUUUUAAGCUUCAAUUUUGUACUGAUAAUGCUAAGCACAGAACUGGAGCACACUGAGUGCCUAUAUGUUAACCAAGCUUAAGCUAUGUGAUUAAUGUGUGAGAAAAUGGUGUAUUCAUGUUGUCUGAGACCAUUUUGCAUGCUUAGCUCAAAGCAUUCAUAUUUUAUGAAAGUUGUGGGUUUUAUAAUGUAGCUUUUGCACUGUAUACAGUAUUUUUUAGUCAUUUUAACGGUGUUUAGCUUUUUCCACUGAAAGAUGCGAAUUAAUAAAACAAAAGGAAUGGUUUGUAAA